UAAUUAUUUAUUACAUAUUGAGAUACUGAAUUUUCAACUCAAAGAGAAAAUUAAAUAAUGAUAAAUUAAAAGAAAUAAAACAAGAAGAAAUUAUUAAUGUGUGCAACCAAAUAUACAAUAACACUGAUAACCUUAUCAGAAGAUAUUAAACCAGCGGUAAAUUUUAAAACAAAUAAUAAUAACGCUGACGAUUUCAAAGUUCACAAGGUUAUCGACAUCGAUCGUUCCAUUAUAUUUGCUUAUUGGUAUAUAUAAGCAAAAACACCACUAAACAACAGGAAAUUGUUACUGCUGAUUGUUAUCAUGAAUUUUUUCACAUUUAUACCUAUUUUUCUGUUUGUAAUUGAUGAUGCUGAGUGUUGGAAGAUUUUCCAUCGUGGAAGAAGUGUUGGUGGUAACCUAGGAUUACCAAGAAGGAAUAAAAAUGGUCUUUUUAAAGAUAUUUCACCUGAGAAAUGGUUUUUGCAAAACUUGGAUCAUUUCAACCCAGGAAAUAAUCAGAAAUGGAAACAGAGAUAUUUUGUAAAUAAUCAAUUUUACAAUGGUUCCGUUAAUGCUCCAAUAUUUCUAAUGAUUGGCGGUGAAGGAGAAGCUUCUGCAGAAUGGAUGACUCAAGGAACCUGGAUUGAUUAUGCUAGGAGUUUUGGGGCACUAUGUUUCCAAUUAGAACAUAGAUAUUACGGAAAAAGUCAUCCAACAGAGGAUUUAAGCACAAAAAAUUUACAGUAUUUAACAAGCCAGCAAGCUCUAGCUGAUUUAGCUUAUUUCAUUCAAGCUAUGAACAUUGAGUAUAAAUUAAACAAAGAUGUAAAAUGGAUUGUGUUUGGUGGUUCUUACCCUGGUUCAUUAGCAGCUUGGAUGAGAAUGAAAUAUCCUCAUUUGGUUCAUGGAGCUAUGUCUGCAAGUGGACCUUUAUUAGCUGAAGUUGAUUUUAAAGAAUACUUUAAAGUAGUUGAUGAAGCUUUAGAAACUCAUAGUGAAGGCUGCGUUUCUGCAGUAAAACAAGGUACCAACCAAAUAGAAAUUCUCCUUCGUCAUAUGAUCGGUCAAAGGAACAUCAAUAAAUUAUUUCAAUUAUGUGAUCCAAUAGAACAAUCAGUUUCGAAUACCAAUGAUAUUGCAAACUUCUUUGAAACACUAUCUGGAAAUUUCGCCGGAAUCGUCCAGUACAAUAAAGAUAAUCGAAUAGGAAAAUCAUCAAAAAACAACAUUACCUUAGACACAUUAUGUGAUAUAAUGGUAAAUGAUAGUAUUGGUCCUCAAAUUGAUAGAUUAGCGAGUGUUAAUCAUUUAUUAUUGAACGCUUAUGAUCAAAAAUGUUUAGAUUAUAAAUAUUCCAAAAUGAUUGAUGAAAUGAGAAAUAUUAGUUGGGAGGCUGAAUCGUCUGAAGGAGGAAGACAAUGGACUUAUCAAACCUGUACAGAAUUUGGGUUUUUCCAAACGUCAACAUAUUCACCACAAAUUUUUGGCGAUAAAUUCCCCGUCGAUUUCUUUAUACAACAAUGCGUGGACAUUUUUGGUUCAAAAUACAAUGCAACGUUUUUAAAUGACGCCGUCGAUCGAACCAAUCUUAUAUAUGGAGCUUUCGACAUCGACGUAACCAACGUUGUUUUCGUACAUGGUUCAAUUGAUCCUUGGCACGCUUUGGGGAUUAUUAAAACACGAAGUCAAGGCGCCCCAGCUAUUUACAUUGAAGGAACCGCACAUUGUGCGAAUAUGUACCCGAAAUCCGAUCAAGAUUUACCUCAAUUAACUAAUGCUCGUCAGCAAAUUGCCGAACUAAUUGAUUCUUGGUUACGUUUAUGAAAACAAGAAAGUUUUUAUUUUGCACCAUAGGAAAUAAUAUUUGGAAUGAGUCCAAAUAUAAUUACCAUAAGACAUACCGAAUUGUGCUGUGCUGUUUUGUAUUUUUGUUAAGAAUAAUAAUCUCGUAGUAUGUUAAGUGUUAAUAAGAAACAAAAUUGCUAUUAAAUGUUCAUAAAUAUAUUAAUCCAACAUAUAUUACAUUUUUGCUUAUAUAACUUAAAGAUAGUACCUUAAGAGAUAUUUUUUAUGGAAAGAACGAGAAUAAAAAAUAGAAAUUGAAAAAUUCUGUGCGAUAAAAAUAAUAUUUAAGAUGUUGAUAAGAUGUGGGUUUGCCUUUCUCAAAUGGCACUAACGAGUGGUUCUUUCCCAUCUAACAUAUUAGAUAAUUAGAUAUCAAUAGUUUACGCUAUGAAUAACUUAAACAUGAAAUAUAAGUGAAUUGAUAAUUAAAAAUUAAGUUAAA